AUGGCUGUGCUUCAAUUCAUUCCAACAAUUUUGAACGAGUUAUUCUUAGUAGGAGUCGUCAGCUUUCUCCUGCUCUACGUUUGGUUCAAGUACCGGUUUACGUACUGGGCUAGAAGAGGUGUUCCUGGGCCGAAACCAGUGUUCCCGUUCGGUCACGUGCGUGAUGUGAUUAGGCGGAAGGAGCAAUUCUUCGAGCCCUAUUGCGAUGUCUACGUCAAAUAUAGGAAGAUGCCGUAUGUUGGCCUUUAUUCGUUCCAUACACCAGUGUUGACGAUCAACGAUCCAGACAUCGCCAAAUUGAUCCUCAUCAAGGACUUCGAUCACUUUCAAUCGCAUGGAAUAUUUACAAGCGCAAGUGUGGGAGAUCCUCUCGGUGGGCAUCUUUUCAAUAUAGCUGGCCGGAAAUGGAGAAGCCUUCGUACUAAACUGUCACCUGCCUUCACACCGACCAAAUUGAAAUCCUUCUAUCCGUUCGUGCAGCAAAUCGCCAACGACGCUUUGAAAUACUGUGACCAAAAGUACGAAGCGGGUGGUACACUGAACUCCUCGGAAUUUUUCGCUAAAUACUCAAUGGAGAUCAUCGGGAGUGUAGGAUUUGGUGUUGAAAAUGAUGGAUUUAAUAAGGACACUGAGUUUUCUCAGAGAGGAAAUGAAUACUUUUCGCCACGCUCAGUGUAUUGGAUGGCUAUACGAGCGAUAUCAUUUUUCGCUCCUGAUAUCUUUAAGCACUUAGGAGUGAAUCGUACAAACCCAGACAUAUAUAAAUUCUUUUACGGAUUAGUAAAUGACACUGUUAACUAUCGGAAAAAGAAUGAUUACUACCGCAACGAUUUCCUGCAGGCUCUGAUAGAAUUGGAGAAGUCUGAAAGUUUAAAAAAAGAAGGAAUCGAUGAUGAGAACAAAUUCAAGUUCGUAGACGUGGUAGCAAAUACGAUGCUCUAUAUGUUUGCUGGCUACGAAACUUCUGCAACGACAGGAAUGUACGCUUCCUACGAAUUGGCAUGUAACCCUGAAAUACAAAACAAAGCGAGAGAAGAAAUAACCAGAGUCUUAGCUAAAUACAAUGGAGAAUUGACUUACGAGGCACAAAACGAAAUGACAUAUAUAAACAUGAUCUUAGAUGAAACCAUGCGUAAACACCCUCCUAUGCGCGCUUUGUUCCGAAGAUGCAACAAAGAUUACAAAUUGCCUGACUCCGAUUUGGUCAUAGAAAAAGGCACCAUGAUAUUCAUUCCCAUAAACGGAAUCCAAAUGGACGCAGACAUUUUCGAGGAUCCCGAACGUUUUGACCCUGAGCGAUUCACUCCGGAGAAAAAGAUCAAAAUGCACCCUUGCCAUUGGAUGCCGUUCGGAGAGGGCCCACGCAAAUGUCUAGGUCUUCGACAAGGCUACAUACAAUCGAAGUCGGGUCUAGUAAAAAUACUUUCUAAAUAUGAAUUGAGUUUGGACGAAAGAACUAAAGUACCUCUCCAAAUCAACCCCAAAAUUAUGGCAAGUUCCGUUGACGGCGGCAUGUUUAUUAAACUGAAGAAAUUGGAGAAUGCGGCAUAA